AUGGUCGCAAAGUUUCCGUCAUUCCAAGCUGUAGUUCUUGCUGGUGGUAUUGGGAAUCGAAUGUUGAAUGUGACCGAGCACGUGUCCAAGGCCUUAUUGCCUCUGGCCAAUCUUCCUUUAUUCUGGUACCCUCUUCAUGUUCUUUCGGAAAACGGAAUUAAUAGUAAGGUGUAAAUGACUUUCAAUCCGGCUUUAGAUGUUCUUCUCAUUGCCAAUGAAGAUAACUGUGUUCAGAUAAAGGGCUUAUUGGACUCAGGGUCUUUGCCAGCUCUUCCUGGACUAGAAGUAGAAGUUGUUUCUCCGGGACCUCAAGAAGAGGAUUGGGGAACGGCCGAUGUCCUCAGGCAUUUUGCUAAUAAAAUUACGGUAAGUGUUUGAAGUGCUUUUUAUUAGUUUAGAGCGAUUUCAUCUUGAUGGGAUGCGAUUUUGUAUCAGAUAUUAAUCUGAGAAAUAUGAUCGACUUCCAUCGUACUAGAAAGUCGAUUAUGACUGUUCUCCUAUCCAACCAAGCCUGUAAUUCAACAGCUCCGGGUCCUAAGGAAAUGCAAAAAUGUAUGCCUGAGAAAAUAUGUCAAUAAUUGAUAUUUAGAUAGAGAUUUUGUUGCUUUAUCUUCGUCAACAGGGCAGGUGGUUUAUCUUCAAUCAGAAGAAGACCUCGAGAGCGAUGUCAUUGAUCUGGACCCACAAAUAAUUAGUCGUCUCAAGGAUGUAGAACUGACUUGUAAUCACAUAGAUUGUCAUGUCUAUUUGAUGGACAAGAGAAUUUUACACGUUUUGGAAUGGGAGCGGUAAGAGAAUUGCUGUAGUUGUCUCUACGAGUUACUAAACUUUUUAUAGAGAUAUCACAAUGAUAAAGGCUGACCUUAUCCCCUUUCUCGUCGAGAAACAGUAUGAUCCAGACGAUUUAAGCCGUCUUUUCCAAAACCCGCAAUUGGUUGAUCAUGCUUUCGAAUUGAGGCGUGGCGUCGAGGUAGAACCUCCAUUCGGUAUACGAUUGUUUGGAUAUAAAACCACCAGAGAGGCUGUAAACACGAUCGCUCGUUGUAAUACCCUGGGAGCAUACAUCGAAGCGAAUAAGACCCUUCUCGAUCAAAAUCCGCCUUUUAUCCCCGAAUUCAAACAAGAACAAUUCCCGGGAAACAAAGUUCAUGUCAUCAAGAGCAGAGUGGGAAAGGGAACACAAAUCGGACUGGAAAACUUGAAAAUAGUCAAGUCGAGUAUCGGCGAGAGAUGCGUUAUAUUAAAUAAUGCGAAGAUCGAGGAUUCUAUCAUAUUCAACAAUGUCAAGAUUGGUAAUGGCACAAAAAUUACGAGAUGUAUUGUGUCAGAAGGCGCUGUAAUCGGAGACAAUUGCACGUUAGAAGGCUGCAUUGUGGACAAGGAUCAUAAUCUGGAAAUGAAAAGUAAGGUGUCCUAUAUAAAAUAUCAUCUUUUGCAUUUUUAGCUUCCGUUAAGAACGAAUUCAUCCGAACUGAAGUGGAAAUGAAUAUUGCAGACUACUAA